CUUUCGUCAUCUUCUUUCCUACGCACACAGGAUCGUUCUAUCCUCGUUAUUCCAGCUGGAUGCAUGUAUCAUCGUCUCCGUUCGGCUUCUCCCUCUCUUAGCGAGGUCCCUCUUGCUCUGUUCGCCACGGGAACACACAGGUAACAGGGACCGUGAAGAGAGGAACGAAGAACAGUGCAGUCUCGAGCCUCGCGUCGAUCGUAACGCGUUUCUUCUUCGCAUGCUCGACUGCUUCUUUUCCACGGCAGCGAAUCGCCGGUAGACGUGUGGUGUGAUGAUAACGAAACGCGUGAGAAAAAUACGUGAAAGAGAUACAUCGAAGAUCCUCCGUACAGAUUGGUGCAUACUUUGAGACCGAACGAUCAAUGAUAAAUAACAGAAAAUCUAUCAAGAAGUUUGAUAAGCAAACACCUCUAACAAGACACCUUUAACAUCAAAGUUUAUCCGAUGGUUCACGAUCGAAAACGAAGAUAUUUGCAAGGAUGAUCAACUGUACCGAUAGAUAAAUCUCUUUUCUAUGUAAUAAAUGAUCGAGAGCUGGGAAGAAUCGGUUUUGGAGAGAUCAUCCAAGAUUUGGGGAUGUCGACGUGUGCGAGGUGGACCUUAUGGCCGGCGAGAACGCGUUUUCGACGCUAUUCGAUGGGUGUAAUGUGCUACCGGAAGUGUUGAUGAUGAACGAGCCGGAUCCACGAGGUAGAUCGAACUGGUGAUUCGACUUUACGAACCUGUCUGGUUAUUAUAAAAAAUUAGUGAUCGUUUGACUGUUUCUGUUCCGCGAACGUUGCACAAAUUGUUCGGUUACAAAGGAAGAUUUUUGCGGUGUUUGGAUUAAAUCGAUAAUCUGGUGAUCCAACAGCCAUGGACUGGCGGGGGGUCGCAUUGGCGUUUCUAUUGAUCACAAUAGCGAGGCACAGCACCACACACGCAGCCCAAAUACCCCAGCAACCGUCUACGUCUACCGUUGCGAUAGCGAGUACCGUGCAGAUCGAGUGUGCGAGCGAGUCGAUAGUCGUCCACAUUUCGACCGAGGGUAACACGGAGUUCCAUGGUCUGGUGUAUCCACGGGGUUUAUCGAAGAACAGUUCUUGUCUGCAAGAAUACAGGAGUCAACCAGCUCCCAUAACUUACAACCUACCCCUCAGAUCGUGCAACACCAUGCCCACCGAGUUGGACGACGGAGGUAUCGAGUACUUCAACACGAUAGUGGUGCAACCACACCUGAAGCUGGUCACGAAUCAGGGCAGGGGUUUUCACGUGCGAUGUCGAUACCAGACUCGGGACAAAGUGGUAACGAACGACCAGACCCACGUGGCUAUGCUGCAGUCUCUACCGUUGCAGGCUACAGCGCCUAUGCCAGGAUGCACGAUGAAGAUCUUCAGCGGAGAUCCAACGAGGCAUCAAGUGGCGGAGAACGUGAAAAUCGGAGACCCUUUGACCUUGGUCAUCAGCAUCGACAGGCAGGAGAUGUUCGGUUUGAAGAUCUCCGACUGCCUGGUGCGCGAUGGUCUGGGCUGGGGAGAGCAAAGGCUCAUCAAUGACGAGGGCUGUCCAGUAGACGGAGAGAUUAUGGGACAAUUCACGUACAACGAAGACAAAACGGAAGCGAAGGUGAACUUUCAGGCACACAAAUUCCCGUAUACAGCGAGCGUGUACUAUCAGUGCAACGUUAGACUGUGCAUCAAACACGAUGGAGGAUGCACCAACACGCCGCCGGCGUGUAAUUUGGUAUCCAGACGACGCAGGGAUACUACCAACAACAAUGUGGCGAAAGGUGUCGAAGGUCUGGAUGGAGGAACACCAGCUACCAUCGAGGUUUACAGCGGACUCUACGUGAACGAAGCUUCGGAUAUCGGUGCAAAGUCAGAGUUCACCGACGAUGUCUUCAAAGAAAGGACUAUUGACGACCCAAACAGCAUCUGUAUAUCUCAAAGAAGCUUCGCAAUCGGCAUCGCGAUCGCGGGUCUGAUCCUCAUGUUGGCGGUGGUGGCCGCCAUUUUGGUUCUGCUCGCCAAAAGACGACACAAAACCGUGUCGACGACGGGGUCGUCCAUCUACAGUGGACCCUACACGAACACCGCGUACAGUCACAGCAGUUAAUAAGUUCACUUAACAACGAGAAAAGCGAGAAACUUUCGCCAUCGAGAAAAAACGUAUUCUACGUCUCAUGGAGGUGUAGAGAAUUUAGAUGAAAUUAAGGAGAUACCUUUUGCUCAACUGCCGAUGCUACGUAUCGUCUUUUCGAGGAAAUAGCUCAGAGGGUCCUGACACGUGAUCACUAAUAGAUAAAUCAUAUGGUCAUGUAUACAGGGUGUUUAAAAGAAAAAUAGAUUUACGAGGUACUUACAAUGUUAUUUAAUUUAUAAUCGUUCAAGAAUCGACACUUUCUGCAGUCAUUUUAUUUAAGAUGGUCGCUAAAAUGUCACAGGAUUUUACGAUGCAAGCGUGUUAUAUUUUAACUUCGGUAACGAGUACCGUUACCCUUGAAUCUUUUUCCCUUUUCAAACACGUUGUCUCAUUUCUUGCCACUUAUCUAAAUCUUGCGAAUCCAACACUGCCUAUCGUUUGUCGCAACACGUGUCACGACCCGUUGUCCAGUUUAGAGUAAACUAGCGUCUACAACUGAAUUUGCAAAACGAAUCGAAAUCCUUAGAUUUAACCUUAAUAUAUACGUGUAUGUUAUUAUGUUUGAUUAUUAUUAUUAUUCUAUACAUACUGUAUACUAGUCCGGUAUACGCUGUCCUAGCUAACCUAGCAGCCGCACUAAAAUGGUAAACUACGCGGAUAUUCCGUACACGAUCAUCUCUGGUAAUUUAACUUAAUCACCCGCGCAGAACAACUCGCUCUAGCGUUUAAGGCGAAGUCAACUAGUAAGCGAAGUUUAAGCGAAUCAAACGCCUCAGUGAUUUUAAGUACUGCCCUCUUAUUUCUUCCUCGAUUUCCUCGCGAGUGUUGGCACUUUGCGUCUAUCUUUUCUCGUAUUUAUACGUUAUUUCGGAAACUGUCUCUGACCACGGUUGUCAAAUUGAUAUAUCGAUCGAGAAAUUUUUUUACGCCAGUACGAUAGAAUAUGCGGUACUGCGCAUGCGCGGCGAACCUUCUUUUGGCGGUCUCUACAAACUGUAGAAUAUGCUUGUGACGCAGAAGUAUACUGCGCAGAAGUCUACUGCGCAGCUAUCUACCAGUAGAACUCCAACGAAAAAUGUAAUCUAACGGAAAUCUAUUUUUUACGCAAUUCUCGUUUUAACAAUUUAUGAUCGUAGAUUACAAGCAAAUUUGAAUCCGAGAUUUUCUGAUACAGCUUGUUAUAGAGCAGAAUAAAAUAAAUCACAUCGAAGAUUCACGUUCGACCGGUUAGGAUGAGAGAAAAAUGCAGCUUCCUGUAGAAUCAUUAAUGAAAAUCCGUUUAUACACGGGCACGUUUUGCUUGUAAGCUAUUCAAUCAGGCAGAAACAGGUUACAGAUGCGAGAACAACUUCCGUUAAUCGGUCAGACUAGUUUCUAUGGCGUUCUAAUGAAUAAUAACUCUGACAAGCAACAAGAGAGUUGUAUGGGAUGUAUUGGUUAUUACGUGUCUCCUACGAAGUAAAAAUACUUCGUGUUGCGUGAGAUCAAAUCCCGUUGUCGCAGAAACGAGGAAAAUGAACUGUACUUUAUCGAUUCACAUCCUUUUAUGUGCACCAAAGACUACGGGUGUUUGAAAAUUAAUCAAUUAACACGUUCGGGACCGUAAAUUUAUUUCAACUCUGAAGAAUAAUUUUUUUAAUAUGUUCGAAACAAUAUUUUUAUCAUAGCCAGUCUCGAAUGUGUUAAUGUCACGUGUUUAGCGGUUCAUUUAUUUACAAUAGAUACAACGAACACUUUGUGAUGUAAAAUAUAAACCGAAUAAUGUGUUAAUUUAUUUUAGAAUCCGCUUGAUAUUUCGCUGACCGGAAUUUUAUCGACGAAUUACUGGAUUACCAGUCGGUAACGCUUGGUCGGUAAUGUUAACUGUACUUGGACCAUGUUAACCUGUCAUUCGUGUCUGCGACAACGCGAUCCUCGCAUGAGUGUGGCAAUAAGCGAGCGUAUAAUCCAUAAUAACGCUUAAAUGUAAACUAGUUUAAUUGAAUCGAGGUGCUGCUCCAAUGUCGGUAUUCUUUGCACGAUUACUUCCGUUUCGAGUUUAAAUCAAAAUCGAAUUUCUGUCAAUUAUUUUCGAAUUGAGGAAUUACGUUGAAAGCUAAGGUAUUCGAUGCAAUCGUUUCACCGAUUCUUUCCCAGACACAAGAAAAUUGUAGAAAGAAUCGAAAAACGACAGAGUACUGAUAUUUCGCGUGGAGCGUUGUAGUUUUUAA